GUUGUUGUUGUUGUUGUUGUUGUUCUUCUUCUUAUUGUUGUUGUGAAAAGAAGAGAAGAAGAAGAGGAAAGGGGAAAAGAAAGAAAGAAGAAAACGGAACAAGACAUUUUCACUCCUCCGCAUCCUCAGCUUCACUGCAUUUGAUCAUCUCAUCCUCACCUCCCUUCCAGACUUUUACUCAAAAUGGCCACAGUGGCAAACACCCUACAAACCACCCACCCGACCUCCUCAUCAGAGACCGGCCUCCCGCCCUCCUGGGAAAUCCGUCUCUCUCGCUCGCACAACAUCCCAUACUACUUCAACCCGGCCACGCACGAGUCGACCUGGGAACCGCCACUGGGCACCGACGCCGACAGACUGAAGGUCUACAUGGCCGAGCACCACAGCUACAUCCUGCCGGUCGCCGCGCUGCAGCAGCACCAGCUCGCGCAGCCGUCCAAGAUCCGCGCGUCGCACCUGCUCAUCAAGCACGCGGGCUCGCGCCGGCCGAGCUCGUGGAAGGAGAAAGUGAUUACGCGGACAGAGCAGGAGGCGUACGAGAUCCUGCGCCAGCACGAGCAGCGCAUCCGCAGCGGGCAGGCCACGCUGGCCGAGCUCGCGGUCGCGGAGUCGGACUGCUCGUCUGCGCGCAAGGGAGGCGAUUUGGGAAUGUUUGGGCCGGGCGAGAUGCAGAAGGAGUUUGAGGAGGCGACGUUUGCGCUCAAGGUGGGUGAGAUGAGUGGGAUUGUGAAGACUGCGAGCGGUCUGCACUUGAUUGAGCGGACUGCUUGAUGUGUGUGUAUGUUUAUUCAGUGUAUUGGCGCCCUGUUUGGCUAUUUCUUUUGUUUAUGUGUUUAUGUUAUGUUAUGUGAUCAAAAUGUGUUGUUCUCUUUACUCUCUUACUCUCUUACUCUCUUACUCUCUUACUCUCUUACUCUCUAUA